GCGAAUAUUUCAAACCGACAAAGAAAUCAAAUCAGACCGCAUUGCAUAGCCAAGGAGAUUCAACUUGUCGCGAAAGUGUAGCGGAUGUUUAUAGUUCAUUCACAAAAACAAAAAUAGAAUGAGAAAAAUAACAAAGUAGAAUAUAGAGCAGCAACAAAGAAAACACACAAAUAAAAAAAAUUAAGAAAAUUGUGAGAUAUUAAUAAAAAAAUAAAGCAAAAAUCAAUUCGAUCGCUGCGUGAAUAUUGUGCAAAUUGCAGCAACAAUAAUAAGAUUUUCAUGUGCGUACACCAACUGCAAAUCUGAAGACGGGCCUCUAGAAAUUUUUUCGUUAUCAAAAUCCAACAGAAUGGAUGAGGACCACGACGACGACGUAAUAUGAGAUCAGAUGGGGCUGUAAAGCCCCAGAAUAAAGCUUUCGUCUCCACUGCUGCCGGCAGUCGUAGUAAAGACGCUAAAAAACGCAAUUCAAAUGCUAGCAAAUGGUGUGAGGACCAACAACGUCCAUGUCAAAUAUUGUUAUCGCUUAAAAUUAUCACUGUUGCCGCCGCUCUCUUCACAACUGCCGCUUGCGCUGAUGCUUUUGUGAUCGUUGAUGCUGCCGCAAAUGUUGCCACUGUUGAGGAUCGAACAGCCAUUGUUGCACUGUGGUCCAGCAAGAGUAUUAUCGAAGAGAACCGUAGCGAAGAGCAUCGUAAAUACAACAGCAACUACUUAAAAACGUACACAAAUAGAAACGAAAAUAAAUACAAUGCACGCAAUUGUUAUGAGCUGAUGAGAAAUCAAAACAAUCGCAAUGCUAUAAAACGCGAAAAGAAAAACAUUAUAGAAAAUUAUAAAUGUGUAGUUUGUACAAUUAACGAAAAUAUAACUUACACUACAAAAGCUUUAACACAAAAUAACGAAAACACCGAUUUUAAGGAUACUCGUCGUAAAUGUGAAAUAGCCAGUAACGUUAACAUAAUGAAUUCGAUUUUCAAAAGCUCCCAUUGGUCCAAUCGAGACGACAUCGAUUCUAAUAAAAGUGUGCCCCCGACAACUAGGUCCAAUACUAAUUACAAUGCAUUCCUAACAUUACCAUUUCUAACGGUUUUCUGGUUGUCAAUCAGUGGUUUCGCAACUUCUUUACUUAACAUUCAAUCGUUUGCUGUGAAAAUGCUCCGUAUACAGGAUUCGCUGGUAUUGUGUGGCUUGAGCAGCAAUUGUAAUAACAAUCAGCAAAAUGUGAGACCUUCUGGGAGUACACCAGCGGUGCCGUCAAUAGUUUGGCAACGGCUGCCACCACGCAAAUCGCUGCCUCCAGCGCAACCUUUAUCUUCGGCUGCGCCCAGUACAUCGCUGGUUGCCUGCUUGAGCACAAGGCCAGUCUCGCAGAUUAUUUUUGCCAUGAAUCCACGUUUACCUUUUACAAUUUCAUAUGUGAUGUAUGCUGCCUUCAUUCUCUUUCUCUUGCCGACUGUUCACAGUGAUGAUGGCGAUAAUUUCUUCUCGGUGAACACGUUUAGUAUGAGUCCGGAAACUACUACGCCUGAAUUUGAUUAUGCCAGUCGAGGACAAAAAAAGUUUGGUGACAAAUGCGAGGGUACAUUGGAAUGUGGAUUCCCAGGUUCGAUUUGCGAUGCAAAAAAGAAGUCCUGCCAAUGCACAGAGGAUUUGCCAGUGACAAAUCACAUCGACAAAUGCGGAAAAGAGGCUGCUGUGAAUGAGACCUGUUUCUUCAAUGAACAAUGCGAGGUGAGACAUUAUCAGACCGAAUGUCGUGAUGGCCGAUGUGCUUGCCGUUAUGAAAUGACACCCUUUUGGGGUAAAGAUGGUACAGUAGAGUGCAAAGGGCGUGGAGAUAAACGUGGACCGGAAACUUACAUCGAUCCAGCAAUGAUUGGCGUACUGGUAGGAAUGGCAUUGAUGUUUAUUAUAAUUUGUGUCGUCCUUCGAUUAUUUAGCCAGGCACGUUGGCGUGAAAACCGGACUAUUUUCAACACACCAAAUCCACGUCUCAUGAAUGUAUCGCUUUUGCGUGAUAGCAAACUCUUGCACGGCCAGGAGCGACGCGGCUCGCGAAUGUCGGUGCGAGCACCGUCGCGCCAGCCGAGCAUGGCUUCGCUACGUCCGCAUUCGCCGAAUCCGUCGUUAGGUAAGACAGGGUCACAUUCGGGCAGCGCGAGCGCGAGCAACGCGUCAGCCACGUCUAUACGUUCGACGCGUAGUAAUUCGGUGGCACCAGGUCAUGUAGCUAAUAGCAGUCAAUUGGAAAGGAAGGGCUCACAACAUCACAAUCAGCAUCAACAACAACAACACCAACACCAACAACAGCAAAUGCCGCUUAUCACCAAUAUCACUGCUAAUCCAGCAGCUGAAAGUGUUGCGGUCGAGAUUAUAGUGCCGGAAAAAUGAAUAAUUGCAAACACAAAAAUGUAUGAAUGCGAAAACGAAAUAAAAAAAAUAUACACAUACAUGUGUAGGUACCUACAUAUGUAGGUAUGUACGAAAAAGUAAAAGAAGACAAAUCAAAUUAUGUAAGUCGAAGCUGCAAGAACAUUUAAUGUAAACAAGAAAUGAGAAUAAUGUAAAAAUGAAAAAAAAAAAUAAAUAAAACAUAAAAUCAUAUACAAAUAACUAUGCACAACAGAAGCUAAAGAAAAAUAGUUAAAAAAAAAUCUCAUAAAAAAAUAAAAGUGAAAAAUUUAAUAUGUAUUAAAGAUAAUUAAUUAUACUAUAUUUUAGCAGCAAAUAACGGCAUACUUCAAAUAAAUUAACGCAAUAACACACAAAACAAUGCUUGGUUAGAAACGAAAAAAACUUGCAUAACAAAUUCAUCUUUUUAUUUCUUCUUCUUCAAAAAAAAAACGCAAAUUAUUAGUACAGCUUUUAUCACAAAAGAAUAAGUCUAGUAAUAGUGAACUAUUUAGCAAAUAUUUGUAUGGUAAUAUGUAAGAAUCGUAAAUAUAUAAACAUAUGUACGCACAUACAUAUGUAUAUGCACAGGUAGUAGUAAAAAAGCACCGUAAAGAAAGAAAAAAAAACAAUUAAAACUGCAAUUUAAAAAAAUUACAUAAAAAACAAAAACAAAACGAAAGCAAUUUUAGUGCGCAGUCAACUUAAAUAUAACGAAGUGUUUAGCUUUAAUGUCGAACAGCAAAAACAAACACAAACAAAUAUUACAUUUAUAGCAAAACAAAAAAAAACGUAUUUAUAUAUUAAAUCUAGUAGAAAUUUCUGCGAAUAAACAAAAAUUCGUACAAUCGCGUUAAAAAUUAUGAAUCUUUCGCUGACAUUCAUCUUCCUAUCCUAGUGAUAUUACAAUGUAAGCAAACACAACAACACACGCGCACUCUUGCAGAGCUAUCGUUCACGCCAAAUUUUCUAUAAAUAAAAAAACUUAAAACUAUACAAAUUUUAAAACAUAUACUAAUGCAUAUAUGUACCUUAACAGCCGACGCGAAAUGCAAUACAAAAAAAAAAACACGCGGUAGUAAUUGAACAAAAAAAUAAAUAAAUCAAUAAAUAAAAAACAAAAUACAAUGCAUAGUGAUCGAUAGAUUAUCAAAUAGACGUAACAAUAUUAACAAAAACAAACCAUAAAACUCUUAGUACACCCUCAAAUUAAACAGCAUAGACAAACAGUUUCAAAUUAAAAAUGUACUCGUAGCAAAAAAUAGUCAACUCUUCGGAACAAUAUUUUACAAAACAAAGAUAAAAUACCAAAAAAAAGAAAGGAGAACAAAAACAAAAACAAUUUACAAAUAUGCUAUUUUUUCUUACACGUCUUUUCCGCAAACAGGUUUGAUUUAAGAUUAUAUAAAUGUUACAUAUAUGUAUACCUAUAUAUAUAAAAAAAAAUUUUAAAAUAAAAACAAAAAAAAAAACGAAAAAAACUAUGCAAGCGCCGAUUGUGCACUUUCCAAAACUUUAUUAAUAAAUAAUCGCGUGCAACAUACACACUUUUUCAACAUUUAGGGACUACGUAUAAGAAAAUAUUUAAAAUUCCACUGAUCUCUUUGAAUCUUUGGUUUCAAAUGGCAUGCGUUUUUUUUUUAAUGCAAUAAUUCAAAUUAAAUUCAAUAAUUCAACUAAUUUAAAAAAACAUGGACUCUUAAGAAAUAUUGUCAUAUUUUCAAGUAGUUUGCAAUAGCAUAAAAACAAAGCGUUUCGAUUAAAUUAUGCAAAUUGUGACUUGUGGUUGCUAGAUCUGCUAACAGAAAAACAUUUCACAAUCAUUCAAACACAAAUCCUUUUAUUUGAAUAGCUUAAAAAAUGAUCAUUAUUUUAAUAUUGCCGCCAUUUGUAUUUAUUACAAAUUAUUAUAGAAAUAUUCAUCGAUUAGAUAUACUUUUGGAGGCAUUCUUGUGAAAUUUCUAAAAUAUUCUUUAACUUUCCAGUGAAAAAUUGGGGAAGAUUUUUUACUUGAACGUUAAAGUGGAUUUUUCCAAUUCGAGUAAUUCCAAUCAUGUCUCAAACACCUUUUCUAACUAAAUUCUUGCUCAAUUUAAUGUAAUUUAUAUAAAAAUUUAAAAUCCUAACCUCCAAAUUGCAACAUUUCAAAAACAAAAAAAAAAACCGCUUAAUGCUUUUA